AACCACACAUAACACACUCGCAAGCAAGAACUUUCCAGAGACCAAUUUUCUUAUAUAAACCAUCCCUUCAUAAUUUCAUUUUCAAAAUUCAAUCAAACCUUAAUUAUUUCUCAAUUUCGAUCUCAAAAAACAAACCCAUCAAUCACAGAGUUCCAUACAAUAUGCCAAGCAGAUCCACAGGAGUCAUCACACAGGACUGGAACCCUGUAGUACUCCACAAAUCAAAACCCAAGGCGACGGAUUUACGUGACCCCAAGGCAGUGAACCAGGCUCUACGAUCAGGUGCACCGGUUCAAACCAUAAAGAAAUCAGACGGAGGGUUAAACAAGAAAUCAGCAUCAGCGCCGGUGGUGAACGUACGAAAGCUGGACGAAGUAUCGGAGCCGGCUGCUUUUGACAGGGUGUCGACGGAGGUAAGACUGGCUAUACAGAAAGCGAGGCUGGGGAAGAAGAUGAGUCAGGCGGAGCUGGCUAAGCUGAUUAACGAGCAGCCUAAGGUGGUUCAGGAAUAUGAGAAUGGUAAAGCGGUUCCUAAUCAGGCGGUUUUGGGCAAGAUGGAGAAAGUUCUUGGUGUUAGGCUUAGAGGAAAGAUUGGAAGCAAAUGAUUGGAAAUAGUAAUGGUUUCUUGAUUGUGGUUUUGUAAAUUUGAACUUGUAUGUGUAUAUUUUGGCUUGCUAUUGUUUCUUGAAUUAUAUGUUAGUUGCAUUGUUUUUAAAACUGAACCGGUUUAGCGAUCAAAAAAAAAAAAAAACUGAACCGGUUUCUAGUACAACCGCCGGUUCAAUAAGUUGUGUAAAUUAUAUCAAAUAAAUAAAUUUUGGACACAUAUUAGGGUCUAUCUGAUUAAA